CACGCGGAAUCGCUUCUGGAGUUAGUUAAAAAGUAAUCUGUGCGAAUGACUGGAUCAAAAUGCUGCCUAAUUCCUUCAGCCUUGUGACCUCGAACCUAAACAAACUUGCAACCCGAUCUGAAGGUGCCAAUAGGUUCCAAAUCUAAGUAUACUUGCGUAAACUUGAGAAGAUGGCUCGCAGAGGUGAACUUCACACUGUUCGCGUUACAGGCGAACAAAGUAAACGACACAGAGGCCGGCCCCGAAAGAAGUCGCUUCGCGGUUCAUGCACUCUUGAUAAGGCUGCCCCCCCGAGCGCUAAUGUUGGCAAACGCCAUUCACGUGACGCUCCAGAUCCUUCGGUUUCCGAAACAGUCCGAAAAUUGCGACUCGCCUUAGUCAAGCCACCAAAUGUAUCCACCAUGAACGACACAUUAGUUUCGGCUCACGAAGAUCUAGAAGCCCACGUAAAGAUGGACAGCUCUGAGCCUACUUGCGAAUUGCAUAGAACGCGGGGGCGGACUUUGCGUACUAGGCUCCUUGUGUCUGUCCUUUCUAUGUCUAGAGUGGCCAAGCGGGAUAAGUGGGCACGUAAUAUCGGCAAUAAGGCUUCAACUAAAGAUCCCAAGCCUACAUUAUCAGAUGUAACUUGGCUUUCGUCAAAACCGUACAUAUCGUCGAAAGCUCGUAGGAUAUCCAAUGAAAAAGAAGAAACCAUUCGAAACAAACGGAAGAUCUCGACCGGACAAGAAAAUGGCCUUUGUACCGAAGUUGAACAACACCGAAAAGAAUCAAAACAGCUCAGAUCGGUUGUGGCGAAACAAAAAAAGAGUAAAAAAGUUGACUUGAAAGUAGACACACAAAUGGCUCAACAAAAAGUCCAACCCAACGAUUCGAAUGCCGUAGAACUCGACAUAGUCCACUGUGUUUGCGGGACAACGUCACGAGACGGUAUGAUCAUGCAGUGUGACUCGUGUUCGGCAUGGCAGCAUGGGAAAUGCUUUGGUGUCACCGACCCUACUACCCUUCCAUCACGAUACCUAUGCCAGGCUUGUGUGAACGGACGUCGAGUGUGGGCUUCGCACUCCUACAAACAAGCGGCCUUUCGGACGUUAAGCGAUGGUUGGUUGCCCCCCUUCACCCCGGUCGAUACAAUAGGAUCUUCGAAACAUUUCGCAAACUUGGCAAGAAUUUCUAAUGUCCUAUUUAGGCUCCGCGAUAUGCUUCAUGCCAUAGAUCUUCGAGUCCAAAAGAUACUUGAAAUGGGAUCACCGGCGGAUGAAACAUAUGGUCGAUUGGCUGCCGAGGCCGUGGAUGCCGCCCGAGUUCAGUGGGCCAUGGAUGCGUGUGAGACCGUUCUUCGGAAAUCAGAACGCGAAACUGAGAUUCGACAUCCUCCCAUUAUCAUUGGCAAAGAUGAUACGGGCAUACAGUUGAAAGCUGCAGAUAUCGUCAAGGAUCUAGGGAUAGUACAACAGCUAAUUUUAUACAGCACAAUUAAAUGCGAUUCUCCCGCUGAGCGUGGUUGGGAGAAAGAACGUAACAAUUUUUUGAGCCAAUAAAAUGAUCCGUGAGGCCGAUUGUCGAAUGUCAGCGGUAAUUUUCUGGACUGAAGCCGCGCCCUGAUGAACUUCGCCGUCGUUUGGCCUUUCCUAGAUGUAAUGCUGUCGGUCGAACUAUUGUUAUAAAAAAAGAAAUCGAAAUAUUAAUAUGCAUGAUAUAUAGAGUGAGGUAGCUUUAAGAUGUUGAAAUCGUUAUCGAUUACUACUCGCUGGCACUCGAUUUUACCGCUGUGUACGAUCGUUGAGCGAAUCACAUGCCUACGUACACAUACGACUCAUUUCGGCUUGUUUUAGCUUAGCCAAUCCGGAUAGAUUUUUCGCAUCUGCCUCAUCUUGUACAUACCUAUUUUUGGAGACUGUAAUAAAAACAUGGUAAGUUUGUUUCUUUC